UUUUGGACUGGUUAGCCUGGGUCAGGUUGUACCUCCUCUCUCUUUUCACACUUCAUCUUCUUGUUUCUCUUUCUUGGUUCAGCCCUCCACACUUUUCUACAAAAUCACUUCUCGAGUCUCACUCUCGACAUCCUCAACCUGUCCCACUCCUCACAUUGCGGCUAUCUUAUACAAUCUUCAUUCAUGUCUGAAUCCGACUCCGAACCGCAUGCUCGCACGACGAUGCAACAGAAGAAGAUGGAGAAUGCAAAGAAGCAACAGAAACGAGAAGCAGGUCUCCAAUCAGCACGCUCUAGAUCCCAAUCCCGCCGUGACCGCCGACGACGCAUCCAAAAAGGCAUAGAGGAGGGUAAAUACAUGAAGACAGCGUCACUGGAGGCCCUUGAGGAGGCCGAUGCAAACAAUGAACUGAACUCAAUGCAAGCAUUUGAACGUAUCGGACCAGAUAGCACGUCAAUGGACGGCCCGGUUACCAAGGCUCGUGCAUUGCGAGGCGAGAUUCCAAUGCGUGGGACCGAUCCAAAUCAGCCUUACCGAGUAGACGAAAAGAAACAAAAAAGUGCACUCGAUGAGCAGGAUGGAUUAAAAUUAAAGCUAGAAGCGAAUUUGGAGGUCGAAAUUGAGCUCAAGGCUUCAAUUAGGGGUGACCUUACUCUGUCGCUAUUUGCAUAAUCUUUGAAAGGCGAAGACCUUUACCCUUGGAUACCUAAUGAAGGCGACCGCAACGGUUCGAACGUCUGAGUCAGAUCUUUUCUUCGGAAGACUUCCGAACUUUUCUGAGCGUUAGGAGUUGAGUGUUUUGACGCAUGUGGCAUUUUGGGUAAACAAUAUAAGACAAAAUUCUCGCUAUUGCACCUAUUCGUCAUUCUCUUAUCUGUGACGCAAUUUUCUCAUUUACGAAGAGUCCAUCAUUGGGCUUAUUGCUAGCAAGUAUUCUCAUUUUCGCAACAUCGAUAGCUCCUC